AUGCAUGAUUAUGUAAAGAAAAACAAUUUCUUCCGCGAUAACAUUUCAGCAGACGCCUUUAUCUAUGACGCUGUGGUGCUCGAUUAUUGGACAGGAAAGGACGCUAAUUGUGAAUUGAUGAUGGUAACUAUCCAUAUUUUGUGA